GCACCGGAGUGAGCGAUGCGACAUGGGGCCGCAGAGUUUGUGCAAAAACACUAGAGAGCAGGAGGAGCAGCAGCAUCGAUAUCAAAGCCCAUCUCUCUCACACAUCCCUCGAAACACUAGAGACCCAGCAGCAGCAGCAGCCCCAUGUCGACGCAAUCCUCCUGCGUCUCCUUUCACCUGGUCUCGCCUCACGCAGGGAUAGUGGUGCAGUCGUUUUCAAAGAGCAAGCUGUACAUCGUGGAGUUAAGCCAUAAUCCACUGUGAUUGGCAAGUCUCCAGCGUGGAGGGGACCAAUAAGAGGGGCUUAACCCUGCAACAGGGAUUCAACAUAGUUAUGUUAAUGACCAGAGUUAGUAGGGUUUUUUGGAUUCAGAGCAUAGAGGCCCAGAUUCCUAAUGCUUGAUUGCUAUCAACGAUUGUAGUUCAUGCUUAUGCUGGCUUGGCUUCAUAUUUUAGCAGCUUCAGCAGGAGGGGUUAAGUCCGCCGUGUGUAUGUACUGGGACAAUGGUGAGCAACGGUAUUGACGCCCGGCUCGCGCACCUUGAUGAUCCCGAUUCCCCCGAUGCCGAAGUUAUUGGAGGGAAAAAGAAACGAGGUGGAAGGGCUGCUGGAGGUGAGAAGGGUGGGAAAGGUCUGCGGCACUUUAGCAUGAAAGUAUGCGAAAAAGUGGAAAGCAAAGGGCGGACCACUUACAAUGAGGUGGCCGAUGAAUUAGUCGCCGAGUUCACUAAUCCUGACAGCCCUCAUGUCUCCCCUGAUCAGGGAGCUGAUACUGUUAGUGUGCGUGCUGGCCAGCAACAAUAUGAUGAGAAGAACAUUCGUCGGCGUGUUUAUGAUGCGCUCAAUGUGCUCAUGGCUGUGGGUAUUAUUUUGAAGGAUAAGAAAGACAUUCAGUGGAAAGGGUUUCCAUCUGCCAGUAUUGACGAUGUUGCAGAUCUCAAGGCUGAAAGCAUGCGGAUCAGAGGGAGAAUUGAACGGAAAGCUGCUUAUCUACAUGAGUUACAGUCUCAGAUGACAGGUUUGCGUAAUUUGGUUUCUCGCAAUGAAAGCCUUUCUCAGGGAAACAACUCAGUUCCACAUGUGGCACUUCCAUUUAUUCUUGUGCAGACUCGACCGCAGGCUACCGUGGAAGUGGAGAUUUCUGAGGAUAUGCAAGUUGUGCACUUUGACUUCAAUAGUACACCAUUCGAGUUGCAUGACGAUGCAUAUGUUCUCAAGGCAAUGAAGUUGCAAGAGCAGCCGGGUGGCACUUGCUCAGAUGGUAUGGUCCAUGCCGACUUUGAGGAUGAGAUUGGUAGUUUUGAGGAAGACUCCCCGCCGGUUUCAGGCGUAUUUCAGCGCUCGAAUUUUCCUGCUCAUCCCAGCUCUCAUUAUGCGUCUAUGUCUGGUGCUGGUAAAAACUCUUGGCCCCCUGUUCCAGGUAUCCUUAAAGCUAGGGUGAAGCAUGAGAACGUCUCAUAGUGGGUCACAGCUCACCUUCAUGUUUAUUCCCUCUUUCUUAUUAUCGUGUGGAUCAAGUGUGACAGAUUUGGUGGUUUGGGAAUAACUAGGGGGAUGUGUAAAAAUGACCACUUAGAGCUCGAUUAAUGUUCUGAGUACAAGACAUGACUUGGCAUUUUAAUGUAUUGCGUCACUAACCAUUGAUAUUUAUUUGAGAAUAGAGUAUGGUUUACUUUAGCUAACCCCUGCAAAAGGAGCUGUACAAUACAUCAAUAAGUAGAAAGAUACUUUUGCAAACUUCAGCUUCUCAACGGUUUUGCUAUUUCUCAUGUCAGGCUGUCCAUAAAGACUUCGAAAUUAAUUGUAGCAUUGAUAUUGUGGAAUUAUGAAAUCUUUUUACCGUGUAUUGACGGAUUAUUGUCAAAGUAA